GAGGGAGUAGUGAGAGAAGCCUAUUUUGCUCUUCUUUCUCUCGUUCCCCUUCUUUCGAUUUCUCUCUCUACAUCUGAGCAAACCCUCUUUCUCUCCUCCCUCCUUUUCUCUCUCUUUCUCUGUUUAUCUAUAUACGUAUGUAAGUUUAUAUAUAUAUAUUUAGGGAUCGAGGUUUCGUUCGAGUCAAUCCUUGACAAUUUUCGCACAACAGUUUUGGCGGAUUUCGUCAUAAAUCUGAGCAGCUAAUGACAGUGUUUUUUAUUUCAAAUUGUAUCUUCUGGAGAUAUUGAUUUGAAAAUUGAUGAAUUUGAGGGGAUUUGUGAAAUUUCUUGUGAUUAUUGGCGAAGAAUAAGCGAAUUUGAGUUCAUUUAUUGGAAUAUUUAGAAAUCGUUUGAAUUUGUUUGGUAUUUAUUUGAUUUUGAGUUUGAAGUUGAUGGAGCAAGGUGAAGGAGGGGAUUUCCCUCCAAAAAAGGCUCAAUUGGAAACCCAAGUGUCCACCGCCAUGUCGGAUAUUCCUCAGAAGAAGCUCGCGAGGCAGCUGGAUUUCACCGGUUUUGGAGGUGCGUUGCCGACUGUGGUGUUGCCGGAGCAUCCUCAGCAGCCAUCAACUCCUUCGAUGCCACGGCCUCCACAGACGCAGACAAUUACGCAAGUGCAGCCGCCACCACAUCCACUGCCUCAGCCGCAGCAACUGCUGUUGAAGCCAAUGCAAUCUCAGGCGUCUCAUCCUUCUAUACGGCCUGCCAAACAGGAAUCUCCAAGACCACGGCCAAGGCAAAAUGUUGAUGUAAAAGAUGGUACUCCAAAGAAACAAAAACAAUGCAACUGCAAACAUUCACGAUGCUUGAAGUUGUAUUGUGAGUGUUUUGCAUCUGGAAUAUACUGUGAUGGGUGCAAUUGUGUAAAUUGUCAUAAUAAUGUUGAAAAUGAGGCUGCCAGGCGAGAAGCUGUUGAAGUUACCUUAGAGCGUAAUCCAAAUGCAUUCAGGCCAAAAAUCGCUAGCAGUCCACAUGGAACUCGAGAUACUAGGGAGGAGGCUGGGGAAGUUUUAGUGGUCGGAAAGCACAACAAAGGAUGCCAUUGCAAGAAAUCAGGAUGCCUUAAAAAAUACUGUGAAUGCUUCCAAGCCAACAUUCUUUGCUCUGAAAAUUGCAAAUGCAUAGACUGUAAGAAUUUUGAAGGAAGUGAAGAGAGGCAGGCUCUCUUCCAUGGAGAUCAUGCCAACAACACAGCAUAUAUUCAGCAGGCAGCAAAUGCUGCCAUUACUGGUGCUAUUGGAUCCUCUGGUUUUGGAUCCCCUCCAUUAUCCAAGAAAAGAAAAGGCCAGGAACUCUUUUUUGGGCCAGCUGCCAAAGAUCCAUCCAUUCACAGGCUUGCACAAUUCCAACAGGCAAACCAUAUUAAGUCUUCUGAACCUUCUUCAAUCCCUGUUACUCGAGCUAAUAACACAGCAAUGCUGGGCCCAUCAAAAUUUACAUACAGAUCUCUUUUAGCAGACGUCAUCCAACCGCAGGACUUAAAGUAUCUUUGCUCGCUUUUGGUUGUAUAUUCAGGAGAAGCUGCCAAGACACUUGCAGACAAAAGAAAUGCAACGGAGAAUCAGGCAGAAGAUCGGACCGAAAAUUCGGUUGCUUCAUCAAGUCAAGACCGGUUGCAAAACCAAAAGGAAUUUGAUGUUGAGAAAGCUGUGGCAGAUGAUUGUUCAAGUGGGAACCAGGCUGAGAAAAUGGGUCCUGAUGAGUCCAGUUCAGAUGGUGCCGAUGUCUCAAAAGGAAGGCCAAUGUCUCCUGGAACGCUAGCAUUGAUGUGUGAUGAACAGGAUACAAUGUUCAUGGCUGCUGCUUCCCCAAAGUUAAUGGACCAUGGCUGCAACCCGUCUCAUUUGCCUUCUGGGCAGGGCAUCACUGAGGCCUAUGCAGAGCAGGAAAGGAUUGUCUUAACACAGUUUCGGGACUGUCUUAAUAGGCUCAUCACUCGCGGAGAAAUAAAAGAAACAGAGUGUUCUUCAUUGGCCAGAACUGAAUCAGGAGGUCAAAGAGACCUGCUCAGCAAUGGCAAUGCAACUGCCAGAACAGAAACAAAGAUUCAACAAGAAUCCUUUGGCAAUGGUGUUGAAAAAUCUGCUGUACCACCUACACCCAAGAUGUCUCAAAUGGUUUCUACAGCAACUGCUGCUUUUAACAAUGACCCGCUUUCAAAGAUUCCAUCCCUUGCUAAAAAUGGGGAUGCAAAACCGACGACUGAAAACAAGAUGUAAAGAUUUAGGAAAUAAGAUUGACCCACAGGUAUGCUACUGCAGCUCUGUAAUAUUAGGCCAUUGUUCAUUAGGGCUUGUUUUCCAUGCAGCAGCAAGAUUAUAUUUGGGCCUCAUUGUUAGAAUUGAUCAAGAUCUGAUCUUUUUCAUUAUUCUUUAAUAUAAUUUUCUAAUCAAUUUUGCAGUCUCA